AGAUAUAAUACACACGAAUAUCAAGGUGAUUUGGGAGGUGCAGCUGAUGCAAUUCUCUAUCAUUCAUUCAACUUUAGCAAUCUACCGUACGUUUACAGGAGAAUCAUGAUCUUAGGCGUGUUUCUGGAAUGGACGCACGACAAGAUCUCGCUGAAUGAGCGUGCCGUUUCUUAUGCUAUCACACAGCUACGAACUUCAUCGCAUAUCGACAUUGAUAAAUGCUUCUUAGCUAGCUGUCGGUUGUCUCUUGCAGCUGAUCACUUCAUCAGAAAAACGUUGCACAGUGCUCAUGCAAUCAGAUUUUUUCCACCUAUCGCACACAAUUCAUUGAUGGAGUUCGGUCGAAAAAUUGAAUUGGCAAUGUCAAUGCGCAAUCUUGAACUUUGGCGUCAUUUUCCAUCGCAUUCACCAUUCGAGAGUUUUGGUGACGAACUUCGACAAAUUAUUCAUGAUGAAGUCGUCAUAUGGAUAGAAGAGCAAUAUGAGUUAGACUUGCCCAAAAGUGUUCGUUCGAUCAGUUAUUCUUUAUCGCUCUUAGCAGAACCGUAUAUCAGCUUCUUUCCUGACAAAUCCAAGGAACAAAAAAGUUUAAGGACAAUGUGUCGAAAUCUGACACUUCGUGCAUUAGAUGAAGACAACGAUACUACUUACGACGAGCGCGUAUUGCCAUCUUGCGUUAAUUUCUUGGCCGUUCAUAAGGCACUCUACGAGGACUUCUCACGUCUGCAACUACGAAACACUAGCACUGCAUUGAUGUGCGUUCUCAAAAUCGCUCUUACGGUGGCCGACGAUUUGCUCUUAUAUGCUAAACAAAUGAAAGCCGAAAAUCACAGAUUUGACUCGAAUAAGAGGAUGUUAGCAGCUAAUAGCAUCGACCACAUAUGUAAAUUCGUACAAAAUAAUACGAGUAGACUGCUCGGUAUUGAUGCACUUCUAAUGUCUUUACCUGAAGCCGAAUCAUAUCAAGCAAAUUCAACUUUACAUCAAAUCUUAUCGAACACUGUUGAGCAGUGUAAGAGUGUUUCUAUUUGGAUUGUGACAAGCUUGUGUGAAGAACGCUCUGAAACAAUCGCAAAGCAUUGCCAUUCGAUAACACAAGUUGGUACCAAAAGACGCAAAAAUCUUUGUGAUUAUGAGAUGAUUCGGCGGAUAGUUCAAGCGGAUGAAAUAAAUUCGAGCACAUCGGUACUCAUGAAUGCACUCUAUCUGAAUUCAUCUUCCACCAAAGAACUCAUUCAACAAUAUUACACACAACUCGCCGACAGAAGUGACAGCACUUCUUUGCAAACCUCAAUGCCACACAUUCGAAUAAGAAUCGGUUAUGUUCCAACAACAAAUCAACGCGUCAUUAUACAAAUUGACGUAUUGGGUGCAUCCAACUUACCGAUUCUCGAUCAUCUUGCAAAGACAUGCGAUGCAUACUGUCGCAUUGAAGUAUUACCGCAUAUAAUAUUUCCACUGGAACAAUUUCAAGCUCAAACGACAAUGAUCCAGAAAGAAACGCAUAAUCCAACUUGGGAUGAACAUUUUCAGUUAAUGGUGAAUGAAGAUUGCUUCUAUAUGAACGGUUCAGUGCUAUGUUUGAGCGUUUUGGAACAUGAAGUGCUAGGCUAUAACGAUCUUGUUGGACAAGGUUUCGUGCAACUCUCGCGAAUACCGCGCCUCAUAUCAUUUUCUAAAAAGCACCGUGCUGCGAUCACUCGUCUUCCUUUGUUGCUGCCUACAAAGGAGCAGUUUAUUGGACCAUUUCAGGUGCUCGUUGAACGAAGUGCAAAAGACGUGACAGCAAAAGCAAUGUGUGACUAUGAGCGCUAUUUACAUGACUAUCACAUGCUUCCACCGUAUGCGGAUCGCAGUAAUACCACCAGAAUCUUGCGAAGACGAUCAACAUUUAAAAAACUGAUGAUGCAUGCACAUAUCAGACGUUCUGCUACCACCAUUUUAACCUCGUCAUCUUAGGGCCUGACAGAAAAAAAAUUGAUUCGAAUUUAUUUAGUUGGUAGUUGUAUUUAUGAGUUCAACCAAAAGCUGUUUUAGUUGAGAUCAAUGCAUGAUUACAACCAGCACUGUGCUCAUUGUAAAAGUGUGCACCAUUUUAAAGUAAAUAGUUAUUUA